AUGCGUCAUUUCACAGUCAAGUCCGCUCUGCUGUCCGCCGUCGGCCUGCUGCUGCCGGGCCCGGCCCAGGGACAACAGCAGUAUGAAGCUCACAACCGGACGCCCGCGUCGUGCCCGGACUACUUCGAGUACUCCAAGGAGCCCCACAAGCCAUUGUCCGAGGGGCGGCUGGCGCUGCCGUUCAUGAGGCCGAGCCCUGAGUGCCGGACGUUUAACAGCUCUGCCGUCGAGAAAGUCAUUCGAGACAUCAAGUCCCGUCUCCAGGAUCCUGAUUUGGCUCGCCUUUUUGAGAACACCUUCGCCUCCACUCUCGACACGACGGUCAAGUAUUUUGACCCCAAGAUCAACCUGGCAUUCAUCGUCACGGGUGAUAUCACGUAG